AUGAUGAGAAGGAAGCAAGGGGAUCUAUCUAGCGCACCCCCACUACACUUACCACCAGGACAAGGACAAGAAUCAUUCCAUCCAAAUCCAUAUAAAUCUCAAGUUAAUUCUCAUAUUGGCGACGAAUUGAGCAAAACACAGCCUUAUUCUUCAACAACACCUGCACAAACACCCUUUUCAAGCGUUUUGACAAGUAGUAACGCGACUAAUCCAAAUAGAAAGUCGUCGAGCUCUAUAUUUAGUAUAAGGCGACAUAAGGACAAGGACAAGGAUAAGGAUAAAGAAAGACAUAACCGUAACGAAAGCUUGUCUGAUUUGUCAUCCAAUGAUUCUGCAAGUAUAAUGUCAGCAGGCACCCAGAUCUCUUCGGCUAGUCGAAAACUGUCACAUAAUUAUCCCAUUCAACAACAACAACAGCAACAACAGCAACAGCAACAGCAACAGCAACAGCAACAUCUACAUAACUAUCAUCCGCAGAGUUCCUUGUAUUAUCUGCAGCUGCAAAGCCUACCACCUCAACAGAACCAGCAUUCCUCGAUUUCUGCUAGAAGCACCAGUACCAGUACCAAUACCAAUAUCAAUAACCCAUUACCCACUUCUUUUCAAACGUCUCAAUCACCGUAUAAUAAAAAAUCAUCAACCUAUAGCAUAACCUCCAUUGGACUGGGAAAGUUAGCACCAGCGACUCAUGACCACCACAAUGUACAACUCACUAGACAAUCAACUAAUUUCUCCCCCAACAACUUUUCAACUAACUUGAGCCGCAAAUCAACAAACUUGUCAAUAAACUCACUCUCCAAAUCAAUCAGAACCCCAACAUCAGAAUCGGUUCAAGAACAGCUAAUUAUUGAAAAGCCGAGUUCUGCUUUUGAAAUAGAUCGAAUGUUCAAAGAAUUGUUGGAAAAAAUAAAUUUUAAAACCUUACCGCCACAAGCAGCUAGAGAGCUAUUAAAUUAUGAUACUGAAAGAAAGUGGAUGAUGAUUGCUCAAGACCAACGAGCUGAGUAUGAAAGGCAAAGCAGGCAAGCUAAUGAGCACUAUUCAUUAACGCCCCGACUAUAUGCACAAUUGUUAUUACUGAAGAACAUAACAAAACAACAGCUAAAUGAAUUGUGGGUUCAAUUGCGUAGUGAGCCAAUAGAUUGGGUCAGAGACUUUGUCUAUGAUUGUCAAGGUGAUACUUUGUUGGCUACUACUUUACUGAAACUUCAUGAGGAUAUGGCAAACAAAAAUGUGGUUGAUAUUGAAGAUGAGCGGUUUGAUGAAGAGCAUUACAUAAUGAGGUGUCUCAAGUGCGUAUUGAAUCAGAAAUUGGGAGCAGAAAGAAUUCGAACCGAUGUGGAUAUUUUCGUGAAUGCUGUUUGUGGUUGUCUCUUGUCACCCCGGUUGCUAACUCGGAAAUUGGCAACAGAUGCGUUGACAUUUAUAAUCAGUUACAACUCUAAGGAUAAAGGAAGGUAUCACAAAGUCUUGAAGGCUAUUGAUUCAUUGAAUGAAAAAGUGCGGUAUGAUUUUGAGGACUAUGAUGAAAACAAUGCCAAUAAAAAGAGAAGUCUUGUAAGAAAGCCACCGCCAACUACUGGUCAUAAAAGAUUCGAGGUUUGGUUAAGUUUGAUUGAAAGGACUGUAGACGCAAAGGGAAAAUUCAACUCCAACGUUGGAGAACGUGAAGAAGUGAGGUCUCAAUAUAUUGGUACAACAUCAAAGGAGAACCAUUUUCCCGAUUACUGUGCAGCUACAUUAUUGUUGAUUAGUAUUUUAGUGCAAUAUGGUGCAGAUUUCCGAGUAAGAAUACAUCUACGUGCUCAGUUUCAAGCUGCAGGGCUUAAUCGUUUACUUUCCAAGUUUCGAGAUUUACAGGUACCUUACUUGACGAAUUUAAUGGACAAGUAUUACGACUCUGCCAAGAAUGAUGAAGAAGAAAUGAAGUUCACUCAGAACAUAGAUGAAAACUUAAAUUUUAAUGACCCCAUCGACUUGAUGCGCACAUUGUGGGAGAAUUUUAAGGAUUCAGAAACGCAAGAUCACUUUCUCAGCACAAUGCAACAUUUGUACUUGGUGCAAAGUGAAAGAAAGAAUGAUCAACGAGAACUAGGGCAUAGUUUGCGAAUACUCGAUAAUAUAGUACAAAAUCUUUCUUCCGUUCACACAAGCGACGAAAACACGGCAAUUAACAUUGCUAUUAACAAGUUAAGCUCGAGCAUGAGUACUGAUGACCAGUACAGGAGAGCAUUAGAAGAAGUCAAAUAUUACAGGAAAGUUGCUGAAGAAGCUACAGCAGAACGAGAUGAAGUUUCAAAGCAAUUAUCAAUGGGGGUAGAUGGACUAAUUACCAAUCUUAACAACGAGAUAAAAGAGCGUGAUAUGGUAAUAUCAAGGUUCCGCAGGACUAAUGAGGAAAUGAAGGAGGAGAUGAACGACUUAAAGACGAGAUAUAUGCGAGAGAAACAAGAACUGGAAUUGGAAAUGAGAGAGUUACUCAUACUAUUGAAUAGUAGUGAGAUUGAAACUAGCAAAUCAAAAAGAGGAAAAACCACAACUGUGUCACUUUCGACUUCAAAUAAAGAGUUAGUUGACAGAUUGAAGAGGCAGAUUCAUCGCCGACGUGCAGAAUCUCGUUUGGACAAUAAACAACUUGGAACACAAGUAGAACCACUGCGAAGAUUGAGGGCUCUAAGAGAUCAAAUGGGUGAUAUUGAGAACAUGGCUAGAGAAUUGGAAAUGACUGAGUUUGAAAACUAUAUUGAAGUAACUGACGAUCAAAAUCAAAAUCAAAAACAAACCCCAUCUGAGCCCAAAGUCAAAGAAAUCAUUUUAGAAUCAGAAUUAAAAUUGGAAUCAGAGACAGGGACCGAGCCUGAGCCCGAGUCUGAGCCCGAGCCCGAGCCCGAGACUGAGCCCGAGUCUGAGCCUAAGCCUGAGCCUGAAACUUUAUUACCUCCGCCACCUGUACCAGGUCCAAAGCGUGGGGUACGAAAUGACGAUUUAGUUAAACUCGAUAAAUUGAGGAAAAAAUUGUCUAGCUUACAGAGUGACUCCAACGAGAUCAUGAAGUUUAAUAGCACCACAAUGCUUAGUAAACAAAAAUACUUGGCUAUGGAGAGAUUGCGUGAGUUGGAAAAUGACUUUAAAGACUUCAACAUAGAUUUUUCAAAACAAGAUGAGGGUGAGUAUUCUUUUGUGGCAACUGAAACCGUAGACGGUUCCAUUAAAGAGAAGACCGAAGAAGUGCUUGGAGAAGUGGAAAGAUUGCGGAACGAGUUGAGAAAGCAGUUGGCUGCGGCUCAAAAGUCUUCUCCAUCGAAACGACUGUCCAUUAUGGAGAGAAUUGAGAGUAAAUUUGUGAACGGUCAAGUGAAAGUGGAAGCUGAUGUACAACCGUCGAAAGAGAUAUCAAGGGAGAGUAAACGGGCGCAUCGAACAACCACAAUUGGGGUAAUGGAUCCAGAGUUCUUAAAAGAGUUGAGUAACAAAGUAAACAAAGCGGAUUCUAUUGAUUCUGAUAAGAAUAACAAUAACAAUACUAAUGAUAGCAUUCCUGAGAAAACAGAAACUGAAGAGACACCUGUAUCAUCAUCAUAUCAGGCUCUAUCAUCACCACCGCCACCACCACCACCAGCUCCUCCAUUGCCUCUGGAUCAUGUCACCAAUUCCGCCUUGAACUCCAUCCGUGUCCAAACUCCAACAGAACCAGUACCAACACCGACGGAAGCAGAAGCAACAGCAACAACUCCACUUCCACCUCCACCUCCACCUCCGCCACCUCCACCGCCGCCAUUGCCAUCACUUCUUGGUGGACUGUCAGUAUCCUCACCAUCACUUCCUCUCCCACCACCUCCACCACCUCCACCUCCACCUCCACCACCUCCAAAUUUCUUGAACGGCUCAACAACCUCAUCCGCUCCACCAUUACCUGCUGGAAUUUUGUCGCGCAAAGCACAUACAGUAUCAUUCCUUCCUACUGCAGGUACAAUCACCCCAUUUGAACAUAUUCCUAGACCAAAGAAAAAAUUGAAACAAUUACAUUGGGAAAAGAUAGACCAUACAGAGGCUGCCAAUUCUUUUUGGAAAGAGCCCAAGACUGAUACCAUUGCAAACGAUUUGAUGUCCAAGGGUGUAUUUGAUGAAAUUGAAGUGAUAUUUGCUGCAAAAGAGGUUAAGAAUUUGUUAACAAAGAGAAAAGAGGAUAUCGAUAAAGUUUCCUUCUUGAGCCGGGACAUUGCUCAACAAUUCAGCAUCAAUCUUCACGUUUUUAGCUCUCUAUCCGAAGAGGAAUUUAUUGCUAAGGUAUUACGAUGUGAUAAGGAUAUUAUUAACAAUCAUUCAGUAUUGGAAUUUUUUGGCAAGGAGGAGAUUACAGAGAUUACAACCUCUGCUGCUAGAAACUUUGAGCCAUAUUCAACUGAUUACAAAGUUGAAGAAAUUGGGAAGCCAGAUAAGGAUCCUCUGGAGUUGCAAAGAACCGAUAGAAUUUUUUUGGAGUUGAUGUACAACUUACAGCAUUAUUGGAAAUCUAGAAACAGAGCACUCACUGUUGUAGCACACUAUGAAAAGGAUUACGAAGAUCUUGUGCUGAAACUUAGGGCCAUCGACGAAGCAGUGGACAGUAUCAGAAACUCUACAAAUUUGAGAGGAUUGUUUGAAAUUAUUUUAACCGUUGGAAACUAUAUGAACGACUCGACAAAACAAGCCAGAGGAUUCAAAUUGAAUUCAUUACAAAGAUUGAGUUUCAUGAAGGAUGAAAAGAAUAGUAUGACCUUUUUACAUUAUGUUGAGAAGCUUAUUCGAAUGCAAUACCCCCAACUUUUAGAAUUCUUGAAUGAACUUGCCAAAUGCAAUGAUAUUGCCAAAUACUCUAUUGAUAAUAUAUACACCGAUUGCAAAGAAUAUGUCCAAAAUGUCAAAAAUAUUCAAAGCUCAAUCGAUAUUGGUAAUCUUUCAGAUAUUGCCAAGUUCCACCCACUGGAUCGAGUACUAAAAGUGGUUAUGCCUGUGUUACCAAAAGCGAGUCAAAAAGCUGGAUUACUUUUAGAUCAGGCUAAUUUUACAAUCAAGCAAUUUGAUGAUUUGAUGAUUUACUUUGGAGAAGAUCCCACCGAUCAAUUUGUAAAAAACUCCUUUAUUAGCAAGUUUACAAAUUUCAUGAAAGAUUUCAAGAGAGUACAAGCUGAGAACAUUAAGCGUGAGGAAGAAAUUAGGAUUUAUGAACAAAGAAAGAAACAACUUGAGACACCCCGACACAGUAGUAAUAGAGAGAAUACAGCAGGCGACCAAGACGUUGGAAGCAAUGACGAAAGUGAAUUUGGUGUGAUGGAUUCCUUAUUAGAAAAGUUGAAAGCAGCCGGACCGGCAAAGGGUGAACCUUCUUCGGCUAGGAAGAAGGCAAUGAUGAGACGUCAAAUCUUGGAAAGUCAACGAAAAUAUGGUAAUGCAAACUCUACUUCACCUACUAGGAAAAAUGCAAGUGACUCAGGUAUAGACUCAGAAAUAAUUGCGUUACCGAAUAAUAAAAGCUCCGAAACUGUAACUUUAACUGAUGACAACGAGUCGAAUGAAUCUAGAGCCAAAAACUUGUUGCAGGAACUUCGAGGUGCAAAUGAGGAAUCUUCAGAUGAGACACUCUCUGCUGCUCAAAGAUACAGGCAAGAAAGACUACGUAAAAAAAAUGGUAACAAUAGUAACACCAACACCAACAACAACAACAACAGUGAAUAA